AUGGCUGCCAGGGCACUCAUGAGAGUCGUCUCUAGGUCCGUUUCAACAUGUAGGCACCGGUAUUCAACUGCAGCAGCUGUACAGACGAUACCACCUCCACACGAUGAUGUAAAGGAUAAAGUCUUCGCCAUGGCACUUGAAAAGACAGAUUUUUUCCGGGUGUCUGAGCUUUUCUCAUUAAAAGAUUUGUUCGACGCCAGAGUUCAUCUCGGCCACAAGAAAGGAUGCAGACACAGACUCAUGGAGCCCUAUCUCUAUGGAAGCCGUUUAGAUCAAGAUAUCAUUGAUCUGGACCAAACUAUGGAGCAUCUUCAACAAGCGCUCAACUUCACUGCACACAUUGCAUACAGGGGUGGUGUUAUACUUUUUUGUCAAGAAGAGCAGAUUCCUUGUUUUAAGCUGCGCAAUAGCGGGCAUAAAGUGAGUGGCUCACGAUGGCCCAAUUCUCCUCGUUGGUGUUCAUUGGAUGUAACUGGUGGCUUCAAAGAACCUUAA